AGGAAGCAGGGAGAAGCAGGGGAAAGGAAGAGUGCUGCUAGCUGCUGACUGCUGGGGUCUGUCUUCAACUCACAGUACUGCAGUGAUCCUGGCUUCCUCCCCCGGCAGGCAUUGAUGCUGCUGUGAAGGACAGAGAGGCACUCUAACAGUGUGUGUACACAAAACAGCCCGACAAGACAAGAAGCUGACUGCUGAAGCACACAGGGAUAAACUGGUCACUGAUGCUAAUGCACACUAUUCAGGUUUGAAGUAACAGAAUCAGAGAUAAGUGAGAGGGAACAGAGGCCACCUGAACAUAACCAUCAUCCCUAGAAGGAAUGGAUACUAAAUAAUGAUGUCUAGGUGGAACAGAGAUUUAAAGACACAAACUACAUUGCAGAAAAGGGAAAAGCAUUCCAUCAACAGGAAUGAGCCAUCUUUCUUGUAUAAAGGAGGGGAAUGCCAUGACAUCUAUUGAAUUGAGGACCUAUCAGUGGAUGCUGCACUUCUUUGCUCACCCCUGCUGGGACUGACUGAAUUGGUACUUACCUGUUUGAUCAUCAGCCACUGCUUUUACUUUUGUGUGAGGUGCACGGCACACCUGACAAGCCUACUGCAGCAAUCACUGCUGUUUCUGAGAGGUACAGUCUCCCUCCAGCCAACCACAUCAGAAGGAACAUGGGAUGUCGUCAAAGCUCUGAGGAGAAGGAGGCAGCCCGGCGCUCUAGGCGGAUUGAUCGGCACCUACGCUCAGAAAGUCAGCGCCAGCGCCGUGAGAUCAAGCUCCUGUUGCUGGGGACCAGCAACUCUGGCAAGAGCACCAUUGUCAAGCAGAUGAAAAUUAUACACAGUGGCGGGUUCAACUUGGAGGCAUGCAAGGAAUACAAGCCCCUCAUUAUCUACAAUGCUAUCGACUCUCUCACGCGCAUCAUCCGUGCACUAGCUACCCUCAAAAUAGAAUUCCACAACCCAGACAGAGCCUAUGAUGCUGUUCAACUCUUUGCCCUGACUGGGCCUGCUGAGAGCAAAGGAGAGAUUACACCUGAACUGUUAGGUGUAAUGAAGCGCCUAUGGGGUGACCCGGGCGUCCAGGAGUGCUUCUGCCGGUCCAACGAGUACCACUUGGAAGACAAUGCAGCCUACUACCUGAAUGAUCUUGACAGAAUUGCGGCAUCUGACUACAUCCCAACAGUGGAGGACAUUCUGCGGUCAAGAGACAUGACCACUGGCAUUGUGGAAAACAAGUUUACUUUCAAGGAGCUGACAUUUAAAAUGGUGGAUGUAGGAGGGCAGCGGUCUGAACGGAAGAAAUGGAUUCACUGUUUUGAAGGGGUUACGGCAAUAAUUUUCUGCGUGGAGCUGAGCGGUUACGACCUGAAACUGUAUGAAGAUAAUCAGACGAGUCGAAUGGCUGAAAGUUUGCGUCUGUUUGAUUCUAUCUGCAACAACAACUGGUUUAUCAACACCUCGCUCAUCCUGUUUCUGAACAAGAAAGAUCUCCUUGCAGAAAAGAUCAAACGAAUUCCAUUGACGGUAUGUUUCCCGGAAUACAAGGGUCAGAACACAUAUGAAGAAGCUGCUGUCUACAUUCAGAGGCAGUUUGAGGACCUGAACCGCAACAAGGAAACAAAGGAAAUCUACUCCCACUUUACCUGUGCCACAGACACCAGUAACAUCCAGUUUGUUUUUGAUGCAGUUACUGAUGUGAUAAUUCAAAAUAACUUGAAAUACAUUGGGCUCUGUUAGACAAUACUCCAACUACCAUUGAACAAAAUCCACACGGGGAUUCAGGAGGUCAAGAAUAAAUGUAAACAGGAGAAAUGCUGGAUUUGGCAGUAACAGAGAAUGAGGAAAAUUACCACAAUGACAAUAACGGGAUGAGGUCUGAGCUACUGCACUGAAUAGCUUAACUAAUUCACUAAGAUUCUAGUGAUUCACAAUCCAGCAUCAUGAGUUCCAGUAUGGAAUCAUGAGAAACACUGUGAUUUCUGGUGUAAUGUGUCCUUUUUGUGUGACGUGACUGAGCUAUAGUUUAUUGCAGUGACUAAGUAAGCUCCCUGUCAUUCUGGACAUCAAACUUGCAAUCUGCAAAACCAAAAUCUAAGUUAGCUGUAUGCCACGUCAAAGAUAACCAGUCAAGAGAAACACAGGCAACAGUUAUUUUCCUCUCCUUCAGCUAAAAAAAGGGGCCACUUAUUCUAGGCUCCUUGUAAAUAAGAAAUAAUAUCAUUGAAAGGUUUUUUUUUAAAAAUGAACAUUUAAUUUCCCAGAUAUAAAUGAUGUGUGUAAUGUUUCGUCCUCCAUUUUUGUUCUGAAUUGCACAUGUUGUUCAAACAAUUGAUACCAAGAUUAUAUCAUACUAGCCUCAUUGCAAUGGAAACAUCUCAUUGAUCCAAUUCCACAAUUCAGUAUAGAAAUUCUACAGGGAAGAGCGAAAAGAACAAUAUCGAAACUGUGGAAAUUGUUGUGCUCUACAGACUUUUUACUUUUUGGUUAGAAAAUGGAAACAAUUAAAAACCACUGACUGAUAAAUGAGGCAGUUUUACUGGUCUGUAAAUUGUUCUGACAUUUGUUCCAACUUGCUGAAUUGAUAAAGGCAACUUUUGAUGGCCAAAAGAUACAUUUGUAACUAAAACUGAAAUGCUCACCAUUCAGCAUUGAUUUUUCUUUAGUUUUUCAUGCAACAUUCACACGACAGAAGUAUGUAAAUACAUUAGAAAAAUAUAAAGCACACUUGGAAAUGAAAAGGAAAAACACGUAAACAAAGUCUAGUAUGUGUAUCUACAGUAAAGGGCUUUGAGAUAAAUUUUAAAAGCUGUUCACUUGAAGAAAUGAAAUAAAAUGAAUGACAUUAGUAGUAAAA